AUGGCGGGGGUGGAAGCGGCGGCGGCGGCGGCGGUGGUGCUGGUUGUGAUGGUGUCGUCGUUGAUGUGUGGCGUGGAGGCGAAGACGACGAUCGAGCCGUGCACGGGGUCGGACUCGUGCGGUGCGCUGCUGGGGUACACGCUCUACGCCGACAUGAAGGUGUCGGAGGUGGCCACGCUGUUCGGCGCCGACCCGGCGGCGCUGCUCGCGGCGAACGCGCUCGACUUCGGGGCGCCGGGGGCGGCGCACCGGAUCCUGCCGAUGGGCCUCUUCGUCCGCGUCCCGACCCGCUGCUCCUGCGCCGACGGCGUCCGCAAGUCGGUCUCCGUCCGCUACGCCGCGCGCCCCGCCGACACGCUCGCCACCGUCGCCGACGGCGUCUUCGCGGGGCUCGCCUCCGCCGACCAGAUCCGCAACGCCAACGCCCUCGCCUCCGCGGACCCCGACGCGCCGCUCGACCCCGGCCAGAAGCUCGUCAUCCCGCUGCCCUGCGUCUGCUUCAACUCCUCCGACAACAACCUGCCUGCCAUGUACCUCUCCUACGUCGUGCAGGUCGGGGACACCGUCCCCAUCAUCGCCGCCAGCUACGAGACCACCGUCACCGACAUCAUGAAUGUGAACGCCAUGGGGAGCCCUAUCGCCGCGCCGGGCGACAUCCUCGCGAUCCCAUUACCAGCAUGUACAUCUACAUUUCCCAAAUCUGCUUCAGAUCAUGGAUUGGUUGUGGCAAAUGGGACUUAUGCACUUACUGCUGGAAACUGUGUUCAGUGCAGUUGUGGGCCAGGGAAUCUCAAUUUAUAUUGCACACCAGCUUCAUUGACAGCAUCAUGUCCAAGCAUGCAGUGUAGUCACAGCAAUGUUUUGCUUGGCAACGUAAGCACUCGCACCACUAGCGCAGGCUGCAAUGUUUCUACUUGUAGCUACGGAGGUUUUGUUAAUGGAACCAUUACCACAUUGCUAAGCACAGGUCUUCAAUCCAGAUGCCCAGGACCACAUCAGUUCCCUUCACUCACGGAGCCCCCUACCACAGUGAACCAUGACUCGACGUUUCUCCCGCCGUUAUCGGCACCGGGACCUGCAGAAGCCGGUGGAGCCAUUCCCUCGCCGAGCUCAAGCUCACCAUCAGUGCAAGGAGGGUCUUUCACACUGCCCAAAGUUUCUACUGCAAAUGCAAAUGGCCCUGCCGGAAGCGUUUCGGCGGCUCCUUGGAUGAACAGGCCGCAUCAAAUCCUGUCCAGUUUCAUCUUGUGUCUACUUCUGUACUCGCAGAUGUAAAUCGCCAUGUGUAGUCAAAGGAGUGAUUCUUCGUUGUACUAGUAACUGUAAUCUUGAAGCCUCAUUUAGGCACGGGAGGUGGACAGUAUCAUAUCGGCGAUGUUUUUGGAGCUCCACAUCUUUCUAGGUGCAUCAGUUCAUACCAUGACUUGUGGCUUUCUU